AUGGCCUCCACUAACUUCAACUUCCAGGACAUUCCUGAACCCGUCGUGUUUAUCUUGCUCGCCCUUUGGCUAAGCUCUUUCGCUAUUGCGAUCUCGCGUUACAUCGUUGAAGUUAGCCGAGCCGCGAUCAUCUACCACGUCUUGAGAUUCCUCUAUCGUUGCUAUCACGAACGAACAGCCACCAAGUUCGUCGCAGAAAUCCUAUCCACACCCUUGAACCUGCCGAACUUCGUCUUACUCGCCGGUAUACUAUUCCUCCUUCACUCGUUAACCCAAGAGCUCGAGGAUAAUUUCCUCAAGAAAGAUUCUCCGCCGCGCACUAUUGUUGAUUGUUCUGACUGCCCCAUGCAGAGCCCUCAGAUCUCCCAGGACUUCGAGAUGCCUCGCGUGCUUCCCCUCCGAUGGCCAAAGACGACUAAACCUAUCACACACGACAAGCCUCGACACCAACCCCAACCUGCGAGCCCUAAAAUUUCACAACCCGAUAAAAAUUCCUUCACAUCACACUUAAAUCAAUACCUGCGUCAUCCAUGGGGUGUAAUUGACUACUUUAUCUACCUGGCCCACAUUGAAAGUGGCCGUGACAAGUGCCGUCGUGCAAAGGAGUGCUACCUCCUGGAGACCCAGGGAUUCAGACAGAUCACCCUACAUGACAACCCGAGCUUCGAAGACGUUUCACCCCAUACCAAUGCUACUGUGUUCUUCGCCACCCUCCCCGUCCCUAAUGAAAAAAACGAGUUCACAAACGCUAAGCUGGUCCUGGCCUUUGAUCUCGAAACUCGCUGCUUCCAGGGUUAUCUCUUCGAGCACACAUCCUCACUUGAGAAUUACGAUGACCUCUGGGAGGCCUGGAACUGCCACGAGGGUCAGCUUGUCAUCAAUGUUCAGGUCGACCGAUUCCUGGCGACCCUCCGUCAUACCAUGGAGCGCCAGAUUGAGAUACUAGAAAUCGGGAUACUGCAUCACAAUGGCAUGACUAGCCGUCCAUUCCCUGCAGGCUUGGAUAUGGUUAUUGAUAUUCAGUUUUUGCAAUUCGUGGAUGAUUUCGCUGAUCUCUUGUGGGUGGAACCCGAGGAAGUUCGUGAGCUCUAUGCACCUUUCCAGGAUGAGCUACGGGAACUGCUUUCAUCUGGCUCGCGGGACUCUUGGUUUGCUGCUCGUGAUGGACUCGGGAUCGAGCAGUAUCGGCAGAAGCAGCUGAAGAAGGUUGUCACUUCGGGUUUGUUUUAUGGACAGAAUGUCGCUGCACUACGGACUGGUGCUGAGGAAAAGUGUGUUAAUAAAAAGCUUGGAUCUGCAUCUCGUCUGGUUAAGAUUAUUCCUGGUCAUUCGGAGCUUUGGUCAAAGAAGCAGAUUCAAGUCUUUGUGAGUGCGAUGUUGGUGCUCUGUCUUUGUUCCUGGAUCGGGCGAGGGGGUUUCUUGACUGAUGAUCUUUUACUCGAUGAACUUGUUUGA